GCGCCUUCUGACGUCAUCACCGGGCGCCGCGGCCCCCACCACCUUCCACUUCGCGGGAGAAGUUGUUGGCGCGAAUGGAUCCCGAGUCCCGGUAACGGAUUCCCCAGCCCACCGGCCUGCCCGCCCGCGCCGUAGUCCGUGGGCUGCGAUGGAUAUUCGGAAAUUCUUUGGGGUUAUACCAAGUGGAAAGAAACUUGUGACUGACACAGUGAAGAAGAAUGAGAAGACAAAGUCUGCUGAAGAAACUUUAAAAGCAAAGAAAGGAAUAAAGGAAAUCAAGGUAAAUAGUUCUUGUAAAGAAGAUGACUCUAAACAGAAGCAACCAAACAAGAAAAAGAGGAUCAUCUAUGAUUCAGAUUCAGAAUCCGAGGAGACAGUGCAGGUAAAAAAUGCCAAAAAGCAACCAGAAAAACCUAAACCUGGUAAAAUUCUACGCCAGGAUCCUGUUACAUACAUUUCAGAAACAGAUGAAGAAGAUGACUUUGUGUGUAAGAAGGCAGCCUCUAAAUCAAAAGAGAAUGGAAGAUCUACAAAUAGUUAUCUUGGAGCAUCGAAUAAGAAAAAGAAUGAAGAAAACACUAAGACCAAGAAUAAGCCUUUAUCACCAAUAAAACUUACCCCCACAUCAGUGCUUGAUUAUUUUGGAACCGGAAGUGUCCAACGAUCAGAUAAGAAGAUGGUAGCAAGCAAAAGAAAAGAGCCUUCACAAAAUGUGGAUGAUUCCAGAUUAAAUGAUGAAGCCAUCGCCAAGCAAUUGCAACUUGAUGAGGAUGCAGAGCUGGAGCGACAGCUGCACGAAGAUGAAGAGUUUGCCAGAACGUUAGCCAUGUUGGAUGAAGAACCAAAGACCAAAAAGGCUCGAAAGGACCCAGAAGAAAGAGAAACAUUGUCAUCUGUCCAAGCCAAUUUAAGUAAAGCAGAAAAACAUAAAUCUCCUCAUAAAGCAAAAACAGAACAAUUUUCAGAUGACAGAAAGAACUGUAGUCCUAAGAAGCAAAGUAAAUGUGAAAGUUUGAAAGGAUCUCAGCAACAUUUGAAGUCCUCACCUCACAAAAUAGGGGAAACUUCUCCAAAAGCCAGUUCCAAGUUGGCCCUUUUGAAAAAAAAAGGAGAGAGUUCUUAUAAAGAAACAGAGCCUAUGGCUUCAAAAAGAAAAGAAAAUGCCAUUGAAUUGAAAGGACAGACAAAAACUCCUAAGAAAUCCAAAAGUUCUCCAGCUAAAAAAGAGUCUAUAAGUCCUGAAGAUUCUGAAAAGAGACGCACUAAUUAUCAAGCUUAUCGAAGCUACUUAAAUCGAGAAGGUCCCAAAGCUUUGGGCUCCAAAGAAAUACCAAAGGGAGCUGAAAAUUGCUUGGAAGGCCUUACAUUUGUAAUCACAGGAGUGCUGGAGUCCAUUGAACGAGAUGAGGCCAAGUCUUUAAUUGAGCGUUACGGGGGAAAAGUAACAGGAAAUGUCAGUAAGAAAACAAACUACCUUGUCAUGGGUCGUGAUAGUGGACAGUCCAAGAGUGAUAAGGCAGCAGCUUUGGGGACAAAUAUUAUUGAUGAAGAUGGCCUAUUGAAUCUGAUUCGAACUAUGCCAGGCAAGAAGUCCAAGUAUGAAAUUGCAGUUGAAGCUGAGAUGAAGAAAGAAAAGUGCAAAUUGGAAAGAACACCCCAAAAAAAUGACCAAGGAAAAAGAAAAAUUAGCCCAACUAAGAAGGAAUCAGAAUCUAAAAAAAGCAGACUGACUCCCAAAAGGGGCAGCUCUAUGAAGUCAAUAAAAAAGGAAACAAGUGCGAUUUGGAGAUCCCUGGACUUCGAGGAGCAGGUGGCUGAGGAGACAAAUGUUGACAUCCGGGCUAGGAAUUUGGCUGAUGACUGCAGUGAAAACAAAGUGGAAAAUUUGCUCUGGGUGGAUAAAUAUAAGCCAACCUCACUCAAGACCAUAAUCGGACAGCAAGGUGACCAGAGCUGUGCCAACAAACUCCUACGCUGGCUCCAAAACUGGCACAAGAGUCCAUCUGAAGAUAAGAAACGCGCAAAGUUUGGUAAGUUUGCUGGCAAAGAUGAUGGCUCUAGUUUCAAAGCGGCACUGCUCUCUGGCCCUCCAGGUGUGGGCAAGACAACCACAGCGUCUCUGGUUUGUCAGGAAUUAGGAUAUAGCUACGUGGAACUGAAUGCAAGUGACACUCGGAGUAAGAACAGUUUGAAGGAGAUUGUUGCUGAAUCACUGAACAAUACCAGCAUCACGGGCUUUUAUUCAAGUGGAGGUGCCCAUUCAGUAAGCAUGAAACAUGCUGUCAUCAUGGAUGAAGUAGAUGGCAUGGCAGGCAAUGAGGACAGGGGAGGAAUUCAGGAAUUAAUUGGUUUGAUAAAACAUACAAAAAUUCCCAUUAUUUGUAUGUGCAAUGAUAGAAAUCAUCCCAAGAUUCGUUCUUUGGUUCAUUAUUGUUUUGAUCUUCGUUUUCAAAGACCUCGAGUUGAACAGAUUAAGGGUGCUAUGAUGUCUAUUGCAUUUAAAGAGGGUUUAAAGAUCCCCCCUCCAGCUAUGAAUGAAAUAAUUUUGGGAGCCAAUCAAGAUAUCAGACAGGUUUUACACAAUCUGAGUAUGUGGUGUGCACGAAGUAAGGCACUAACCUAUGACCAGGCCAAGGCUGAUUCUCAUAGAGCGAAAAAGGAUAUCAAACUGGGCCCAUUUGAUGUUGCCCGGAAAGUGUUUGCAGCUGGAGAGGAGACUGCUCAUAUGUCGCUUAUGGACAAGUCAGAUCUCUUUUUUCAUGAUUAUUCAAUAGCACCCCUCUUUGUCCAGGAGAACUACGUACAUGUGAAGCCUGUAGCUGCAGGGGGUGACAUGAAAAAGCACUUGAUGCUUUUAAGCAGAGCAGCAGAUAGCAUAUGUGAUGGUGACCUAGUGGACCGUCAGAUCCGGAGUAAGCAAAACUGGAGUCUUCUGCCCACGCAGGCCAUUUAUGCCAGUGUUCUUCCUGGAGAGUUAAUGAGGGGGUACAUGACCCAGUUUCCUACCUUCCCAAGCUGGUUGGGGAAGCACUCAUCUGCCGGCAAACACGAUCGUAUUGUACAGGACCUAGCACAGCACAUGGGUCUCAGAACUUAUUCCAGCAAAAGGACUGUAAACAUGGAUUAUCUGUCACAUAUAAGGGAUGCACUUGUACAGCCCUUGAUCUCCCAAGGGGUAGAAGGAGUACAGGAUGUUAUUGCUCUUAUGGACACAUACUACUUGAUGAAAGAAGACUUUGAGAAUAUUAUGGAAAUUAGCAGCUGGGGAGGCAAACCUAGUCUCUUCUCCAAGUUGGAUCCCAAGGUGAAAGCAGCGUUCACAAGAACCUACAAUAAGGAAGUCCACCUUACUCCAUAUUCACUCCAGGCAGUGAAGACACCCAGACACAGCACAGGCGCAUCACUGGAUUCUGAAUACAGUGAAGAGUUAAAUGAAGAUGACUCUCAAGCUGAUGAGAAAGACCAAGAUUCUAUGGAAACUGAUGUAAUGAUCAAGGCUCAGAAGAGACUCUUUAAUGCUGGACUGAAAGCAUAAAAACUGAGGGCUGCUUAUAGGAUCUGAGGACCUCAGUACUCUGAAGGUAAAGGAUGGAAUCCCACCAACAAACAGGCUGGACAAAGACACUGAGCCUUACAUGAGAUUGCAGCUCCAACCAGUUGCAGCCUUGUGAGACCUUGAACAGAAGACUCUGCUAAGCCAUGUCUAUCCUACUGAUAGGCAUGUCUUUUCCCACAGACACAGUGAAUGUACAGCUGCAUAUGGAACAAGUCGUCUGAAAGAAACUGAUUCCUGCAUAUCAGGUGAAUAAGAAAAAACCCACAUCAAACUGGGUAGGAGAGGGUCAGAAAAUCUUGACAUUAAAUUCCAUCACCAGCAUGAUGACACACAACCAGGAGGCAACUCACAACUCCCAGCUUUUCCCUGAGGAGUGAAGGGUUUGGACCCAUGUUUGGUGCCCUCACUUUUAAGACUUCCACACUAGAGAUGGGCCUCCAAAACCUCUAGCUUUAAUAGGCAAUGAGACUUGUAUCCACGAGACCUAUAAGGACAUAGCAAACAAGAAAACAGUCCAAAAUAAGAUCACAUGGACCCACUGUGGCUAAUCCCCCAUGGCCCAGCACAGAGGCAGCAGACUGAAAUGCACCCAGUCUCUCUGUGCAAAAGGCCUGCUAUCUUAAAAGCUUUGGCCUGAGGGACAGGCUUCUAAUUUAACACAUACUUACGGGCCAACUGCAACACUCUCCGGAGGCUAGCAUCUAGGUUCCGAGUGACAUUCCCCACUGUGGGAUACUGACAGGUCUUGGCAUACCCUCAACUACUGGGAGCCACUAAAAACAAAGAUGGUAGAGCCAGGGCAGUGGUGAAUAAUUAGGCUCCUUUCCUACAUGAGGCCACUCCUUCAAGACUGGGAGAGGUGGCUCUUUUAGCUAAUGCAUAGCAACCAAAACAGAGUCAGUGAAAAUGAAGACACAGUAAUAUGUUCCAAACAAAAAAAGAGAUAAAACCUCACAAAAAGAUCUUAACAAAAUGGAGAUUUUGCUUGAUCUCCAUUAAGUGAUUUAUGUGAUAGUUUACAAUAAUGGUCAUAAAAAUAAUUUAUGAACAAAGUGAAAAAAGUACCAAACAAAUCACAGACUUGAAGACUAUAGUUUCUGAACUGGAAAAUACAAUAGAAAGGUUCAAUGGCAGACUAAAUGAACAGAAAGGAUCAGUGAACUUGAGGAUAGGUCAAUGAAACUCAUCUAAUCACAGCAAAAAGAUAAAAGAAUGAAAGUGAUUAUAGCUUAGCUUAAGGGAUUUAUGUGAUAACAUGAAGCCAACCAAUAUUGAUAAUCUAAGGGUCCUAAAAGAGAAGAGAAAGAGGGUGAAAAUUUCCCUAACUUGGAGAAAGAAAUAGACAUUCAGUUCUAGGAAACUCAGAGUUUCAAACAAGAUGAGCCCAAAGAGACACCAAGACAUAUAAUUAAAUUGCCAAAAGCUAAAGGAGAGAAAUAACUUGUUACACAAAAGGGAACCCAUAAUACCAUCAGCAAUUUUUUUAGUAGAACCUUUGCAGACUAGGAGACAGUGGCAUGAUAUAUUCAAACUGCUGAAAGAAAAGCAAUGCAACAAAGAAUACUCUACCUGGCAAUACUGUCCUUCAGAACUGAAAGACCGUUUUUUCUUUUUCUUUUUAAUAUACUUUAUUGUCAAAUUGGCAUACAUACAACACCUAGUGCUCAUCCCAACAAGUGCCCUUCAGUGCCCAUCACCCACUUUCCUCUUUCCCCCACCCCCCAUCAACCCUCAGUUUGUUCUAUUUAAGAGUGAGAGACCAUUUUCCAGACAAGGAGAAACUAAAGGAGUUCAUCACCACUAGACCAGCCUUAUAAGAAAUGUUAAUAAAGGGGCUUCUUUACGCUGAAAGUGCUGAUUAAAAAAUCAUUUAUUCUGUGUGUGUGUGUGUGUGAGAGAGAGAGAGAGAGACAGAGAGAGAGAAUCCCAAACAGGCUUCGUGCUAUCAGUGCAGAGCUUGGUGCGAGUCUUGAACCCAUGAACUAUGAGAUCAGGACCUGAGCUGAAAUCAAGUUGGACACUUAACCGCCUGAACCACCCAGGCACCCCUGAAAGUGCUGAUUAAUAAGAGGAAAGCAUAUAAAAGUGUAAAUAUGAAUGCUUAAAGGUUAAUAUAUAAAUUCAGAAUAAUCUUAUGUUGUAAUAUGGUGGUGGGUUAAUCGCUUACUAAAGUAGUAAAAAUAACUAUAAUGACAAUAAUGGACACCCAACUUGCAAAGAUGUAAACUAUGACAUUAAAAAUAGAAUGGGGGGUGGGGAGAGUAAAAAUGUAGAGCCUUAGAAUGUGUUUGAACUUGUUAUAAACAUAAAAUAGACCAGUUUUAUGUAAGCCUCAUGGUAUCCACAAAGAAAUGUCCAUAGUACAUACACAAAAGAUAAAAAGAAUCUAAGCAUACCACUAUAGAAAACAAUUAAAUCACAAAGAGUAAAAGAAGGAACAAAAGAGUUACAAAACAGCCAGAAAACAAUAAAAACGUCAGUACGUCCAUAUCUAUCAAUACAUUAAAUGUAAAUCGACUAAAUUCUCUGAUCAAAAGAGUGGCUGACUGGAUUAAAUAAGUAAUAUCCAUUUGUCUUGCUGCUAACAAGAGACUUACUCAGUUUUAAGGACAGAAGCAGACCGAAAGUGAAGGAAUGGAAGAAGAUAUUCCAGGCUAAUGGAAACAAAAAGAAAACUGGAAUAACUUUACUUAUAUCAGAUAAUAAAAGACUAUAAUAAGAGACAAAGAAGGUCAUUAUAUAAUGCUAAAAAUGUCAACCCAAAAGUGGAUAUAACAUUUGUAGGUAUGGGCUUAACAUAGGAACAUCUAAAGAUAUAAAGCAAGGGGCAGCUGGGUGGCUCACUUAAGCAUCUGACUCUUGAUUUUGGCUUGGGUCGUGAUCUCAGUUUGUGAGUUUGAGUCCUGUGUUGGGCUCUGUGCUGACAACACGGAGUCUGCUUGGGAUUCUGUCUCCCUUUCUCUCUGCCCCUCCCCUGCUCAGUCUGUCUCAAAAAUAAAUGAUAUUCAUUUAUUCAUUAAAAAAAAAAAAAGAAUAGGAGUGCCUGGUUGGCUCAGUCGGUUAAGCAACUGAUACCUUUUAUUGGCUCAGGUCAUGAUCUCACAGUACAUGCUAUCAACACAGAGCCUACUUGGGAUUCUCUCUAUUCCUGCCUUAUGUGCGCGCUCGCUUGCUCUCUCUCUUUCUCAAAAUAAACAUUAAAGAAGUAAAAAAAAUAAAGAUCUAAAGCAAAAUUCACAGAUCUAAGAGAGAAUUAGCAAUAUAGUAAGAGUAGGGGACUUCAUCCCCUAACUAGAUCAUCCAGACAGAAAAUCAGUAAGUAAACAUUGCACUUACCAGACCUUUACAGAAUAUUCCCUCCAAGAAGAAUAGACAUUCUUCUUUUUUUUAAUGUUUAUUUUUGAGAGAGACACAACAUGGGUGAGGAGCAGAGAGAGUGGGAGCGGGGAGACAGGGGAUCCAAAGCAGGCUCUGCACUGACAGCAGAGAGCCCGAUGUGGGGCUCAAACUCAUGAACCAUGAGGUCAUGACCUGAGCUAAAGUCAGAUGCUCAACCGACUGAGCUACCCAGGCACCCCAGAAUAGACAUUUUUAAGCACAUAUGAAACAUUCUCCAGGAAUGAUCGAUCGUAGGUUAGGCCACAAAAACAAGUCAAUAAAUUUAAAAAGACUGACAUCAUAUCAAGCGUUUUUUCUAACCAAAACAGUAUGGAACUGGAAGUCAUUUAUAAGAAAAAAAAUGGAAAAUUAAAAAAUAUGUGGAGAUUCAACAACAUGCUAUGGAACAACCAAGUGGGUCAUGGAAGAAAUCCAAAAGAAAAAAAAAUACCCGGAGACAAAUGAAAAUGGAAAGAUAAUAUAACAAAACUUAUGGGAUGCAGCAAAAGCAGUUCUAAGAGGGAAGCUGAUAGCAAUAAAUACCUAUGUCAAGAACAAGAAAGAUCCCAAGUUAAACAACCUAACUUUAUAUCUUGGGGAACUAGAAAAGAACAAGCUAAGCCCAAAGCUGAGAUAGGGACUAAAAAGAGUAAAAAAGAGCAAUAAAACUAAGCUGGUUAAAGAAAAUAGACAAACCUUUAGCUAGACUAACCAAAAGAAAAAGAGAGGACUCAAAUAGAGGAGAUAUUACAACUGAUAAAUAUAAAAGAAUAAUGGGAACUAUUAUACACCAACAAAUGAAGCAAACUAGAAAAGAAAUAGAUAUAAUCCUAGAAACAUAGAAUCUUUCUUACAAGACUGAAUCAUGAAGAAACAAAAUCUGAACAGACCAAUUACUAGAAAGGAGAUUGAAUCUGUAAUCAAAAAACCUCCUAGCAAACAAAAGUCCAAGGCCAGAUGGCUUCACUGGUGAAUUCUGUCUAACAUUUAAAGCAUUCACACCAGUCAUUCUAAAACUCUUCCAAAAAAUCAAAGAAGAGGGAACAUUUCCAAACUCAUUUUAUAUGGCCAGCAUUACUCAGAUAUCAAAACCAGACAAGGAUACCACAAUAAAGGCAAUUACAGGCCAAUAUGCCUGAUGAACGUAGAAUACAAAAACCCUAAGCAAUCUAUUAGCAAACUGGCCUCAAUAAUAUGUUAAAAGUAUGUUAAAUGUAUGAUCAGGAGGGAUUUUAUUCCAGGGAUACAUGGAUAGUUCAUCUACAAACUAAUCAGUGUGAUAACACCACAUUAAGAAAAUCAAGAAUACAAAUCAUAUGAUCAUCUCAGUAGAUACAGAGAAAGCAUUUUGACAAUAUUCAACCUCCAUUGAUGAUAAAAGUUUAUACCAAGUGGUUAUAGAGGAAAUAUACCUCAACAUAAUAUAGGACAAGCCCACAGCUAUCAUCAUCCUUGGUGGUUACAAACUUAUGAAGAUUUUUCCUCUAAGAUCAGGAAGAAAAUAAGGAUGCAUAUUCUUGUCACUUUUAUUAAACAUAGUACUAGAAGUCCUAGACAGAGGAAUUAGGCAAGAAAAAGAAAUACAAGGCAGCCAAAUUGGAAAGCAAACCAAAGUGUCACUAUUUGCAGAAGAUGUGAUACUAUAUAUAGAAAACCCUAAUGACCACUAAGGUGUUAGAGCUAAUAAAUGAGUUCAGUGAAGUUGCAGGAUACAAAACGAAUAUACAAAAAUCAGUUGC